AUGAGUCAAUUUGCUGAAAAAAUGGCACUUCCGCCGAUACUAGUGGCGCUUGUAUGCAUUUUGCAACUAGCUAGUGCAGCGCCAGCGCCAGUGCCGGUGCCAUCCGUGACGCUGAUCACGACAUUGGUCACUAUCACUUCAACUACAAGCACGGGUUCGCAAUCGACAUCGGGUGCCCAGGCAAACAACGCCUUGCCGGCUGUUGGUCAAGGUCAAGCGCAAGCGAAAGCCGCUACCACUUCGAGCGCAAAUUUCUUGCAGAACCUUUGGAAUGACUUUGAGCGGCCAUCAAGCACAGCACAGUCGAGUGCAUCUACGGCACCACCGGCGGCUCCACCGCCAACAACAGCAACAACAGCUUCGGCAAGCCCAUUGUUGGCAGCCACAGCAGCACCCACCACUACGGCGAUUGCAUCGUCGCCGCCAAUACCAGCUAACACGGCAACAGCCACAUCGAGCAGCAGUCCCAAUGGGUUCUUGGGCUAUUUGCUUGGCUUGCUAGAUGAUUUCCUCCCUUCGUCCACUUCGUCCACUUCGUCACAGCCAUCAACGAGCUCCUCGUCACCUUCAUCGUCAUCAAGCACCCCGAGCUGGUUGACGACGUUUACAACCUGGUUAUUUGGAUCUUCUCCAAGUUCGACUUCACCACCGGCAACUUCUUCAUCUCCGGCCGUGCCUCCCAGCUCGAGCGCAACCGCUAGUCCUUUCGCGUCAUCAUCAGCAUCACAGCCACUAUUAUCUUUGUUAUUACCCCCCUCGUCAUCAACAACCGGAAGCUCAACCCCCUCAUCAUCGUCAUCGUCAUCGUCGUCAUCAUCAACCGCAAGCUCAACGCCUGCGUCAAGCUCCGACGUUUAUGCUGCGAUCAGUCAAUGCGAUGGAAUCGACGCUUCUUUUGCUUCUGCAAUUCUCGACGCCCACAACAACUACAGAGCCGACCACCAAGCAACGCCUUUAUCGUGGAGCGUUGACGCUUACAACUACGCCAAGAAAGACGCUGACAACUACGACUGCUCAGGGAUCUUGACCCACACGCACGGGCAAUUUGGCGAGAACUUGGCUUGUGGAUUCCAAGAUGGUCCCGCUGCCGUUAAGGCAUGGUACGACGAAGGACAGCUGUACAGCUACUCAUCUGCCAACUCGUACGACCAUUUCACGCAAGUGGUGUGGAAAGGAUCGACCAAGUUGGGAUGCGCUUAUAAGGACUGCCGGGCGGAGAACUGGGGGCUCUACGUGGUUUGCGAGUAUGACCCACCUGGAAAUGUCGUGGGCCAGAAUCGCGCUAAUGUCCUUCCUAGCAACUAG